GUGCCUGGGGUGGACAGUGUGCAAUAAAGUUGAUGAAAUAACUGACGGGACAAAUAAAUUGAUAAAAGUAUCAAGAGAAGUACGCAACAAAAAGAUCCCACAAAAAGGAACAGUUGCCUCUAGAAAAGUGAAAAUUAUUCCAGACUUAAAGCGGAUUGUGGCUGUUGGAAAGCUACUGAAGAAAGUGUAACCCCCAAAGGUUCAAGACACCAACUAAGGAUUUUUCCCUUUCGUGGAUAUCGACUCAAGUCUUUUAAUUUCUUUGUCCUCCUCUUCAGCCCAGAGCCGAGAGGGGAGGCAAAGCCGUGGCAUCUGCGGGAAUGAAGUACAGCUACCAGUACCCGGUGUCACAGUACACCCGCUCUAACACACACUCACACAACACUGCUCAUUACACACCUUCACUCUACUCCAGCAGCUCGUACUCACCCAGCUACUACAGUUCCACCAAGUACAGCCCAACUACACUCAAUACUCCAUCAUACUACACCCCUCCGGCUUACACACCUGCAUACAAUCCCACCUCCACUUACACAUCAGUAUACAGCAAGGCAUCAAGGCAGAACAGCACUCCCAGGACAACUGUACAGUCUACUCCUACUGUAGCUCUCAAGCCCGCCCGGUCCGUGCGCUUCACAAACGAUGUCAUCUUCCAGGAUUUAAUCCGUCACAGUGAGCUGGAACAGAUUGGUCGAUUUCUGAGGGCGAGGAAAGUGCGUUUGGACACAAUCUUCCAUUCUGGAAUGGCAGCGCUCCAUGAAGCCGUGCUCUCAGGGAACUUGGAGUGUGUGAAGCUCUUGAUAAAGUAUGGAGCUGAUGUUCAUCAGAGGGAUGACAAUGGUUGGACACCACUGCACAUUGCGUGCAGCGAUGAAUUUCCUGAGAUUGCACGGUACCUUCUCUCUCUGGGUGCCAGUGUGGAGGCAGAGAAUGAAAAUGGGGAGAAACCGGCAGACCUCAUUGACCCCGCCUGCAAAGAACUGGUCAAACUGUUUGAGGGCUGACCGGCAGAAAAAAAAGCCAGCUUUAAAAAGAAAAUUCAAAUCUCUCUUUUGAGUUUAUCAUUUUGUGUGGUUGAAUGUUCUCCUGAACAAUACAUGUAUGUUCUUUAUUUGUACUUCUUUUUUGAUACAAGGACUUCAAUAUACAGUAUAAGGCUACAGAUGGACACCAAACCUUCCACCUAAGAUUGCUUUUUAAAAUCAGCGUGAAUCACUGUGUGCAACACAUUUUACGUUAGUAAUCUGAUGUAUUUCUGAGUGAAACUGGAUAUUCAAUGAAAUAAAUUGUAGGAUGGGACAUUAGGAUUUUAUCCAUUAGGAAUUGAUUGAAUUGUGAAAAGUGGAUGUUACAUACCAGAAUGGAGCCAGGUUGUUGGAGGGGAGGGAGGGACUGAGAAUUAAGAGGGAUUUGUUAUGAAGAUGGCAAGCAAGUUAUUUUGAGAUAAGGUUACAAUGACAAAAUACUUUUUGACAUGCUCCCAAUUUAUAUUAUUGUCAUAAUUCUGUGUAGAAAAGUGAUCAAGUAAUUAUGUGACAAGUGAUACAAUCCCGAUGAUGCAAAAUAAUGCUUGAUGGGUAACGCUCAUACCCGAAUGGAACAGUGCAUGUUGGUGAUGUGUUUACACAGACAGUUUGACACAACUUUGUGUUUCCCAUCUGCUGGGCAGCAGGAGAGCACAUUGUAAAGACAAUCUGCCAUCAGAGUUACAUUUGAAGGAAGACUGAGUUGAGAAGGAAGAUGAAAGUGAAGGCACUACUGAAAAUGUUAAUGUCUCUUGUUAUAGUCUUAUCUUGCUUUCUUUUUUUUAUUUUUCAUAAAUAAAGCUGCUUUUUAUAUA